CGAGAGAGAGAGAGAGAGAGAGAGAGACUUUUUAGCCAUACAGCUGGUAAUGUAAUGUACGUAAACCUCCUAAGAAAGGAAACUCCUCUACCUUCCAAAUACUCAAACCUGCAUAACUCUCUGUCUCUCGUUUGAUUCUUUUCUCUUCUUGUUCUUGCUCUUCGUGCCCAUGGAAACUGGCACCACUGGUGUUGCUGCUGCUGCAGCGCCUGCAGGGCCACUCCACAGCCAUACCCUGAACUACCAUCAUUCUCAUUAUCCUCCUAGCCAACACCAUGCCAUACUUUCCUCCACCUCCAUUCUUAUCAUCAUCAUAUCAGGAAUCUCCGUUAUUGUACUUGUCUUAAUCUUUCUAAUUAUGGCCAUUCUUCGAAGAAUCAAAUCUGCCAAAACUAGAAGCACAAGUUUUAAAGACAAUGGUUGUGUGAACAACAAUAGUUGCAGAUUCAGUUCUCAUCACACCAUAACAUUCACUUCUAGCCCAGAUGUAAGGGGAGGGUGUUUGUAUGGAAGCAAUUUGGGUCAUAAAUCUCCAAGAAAGCAUGGAGUCGUUCAAGUUUUCACAUACAAGGAACUUGAAGUGGCCACAGAUGGAUUCAGUGAAACAAAAGUGAUCGGAAGAGGAGCUUAUGGAGUGGUGUACAAAGGUAUCCUGGCUGAUGGCACAGUGGCUGCCAUUAAGAUGCUGCAUAGACAAGGAAAGCAAGGCGAACGUGCCUUCAGGAUAGAGGUAGACCUUCUAAGCAGGUUGCAUUCUCCUUACUUGGUGGAACUACUUGGCUACUGUGCUGACCAGCACCACAGGCUCCUAAUAUUUGAAUUCAUGUCCAAUGGUGCUCUUCAAAACCUCCUCCAUCACAAACAAUCUCAGCCAUUAGAUUGGGGAACCCGGUUGCAGAUAGCCCUUGAUUGUGCCAGGGCCUUAGAGUUCCUUCAUGAGCAUACAAUCCCAGCAGUUAUCCACCGUGAUUUUAAGUGCAGCAAUAUUUUACUUGAUGAAAAUUUCCAUGCUAAAGUUUCAGAUUUUGGAUUUGCCAAGAUGGGUUCAGAAAAGAUCAACGGUCAGAUUUCAACACGUGUGAUGGGGACCGCAGGUUAUCUAGCUCCAGAGUAUGCCUCAACAGGUAUGCUUACGACAAAAUCAGAUGUGUACAGCUAUGGCAUGGUUCUUUUACAGCUGUUAACCGGCCGGAUUCCGGUAGACACCAAGCGGCCUCCUGGCGAACAUGUCCUUGUCUCCUGGGCUCUUCCAAGGUUAACUAAUAGAGAAAAGGUGGGGGAAAUGGUUGACCCAGCUCUGCGAGGCCUCUACUCAAGGAAAGAUUUAAUUCAGGUUGCAGCUAUUGCAGCCAUGUGUGUGCAACCAGAACCAGAUUACAGGCCUUUAAUGACAGAUGUGGUGCAGUCACUAAUCCCUCUGGUCAAGAAUCUCUCUUGAAUGUCUUCCACUGCUUCCUCUAGAUUUCAGAAUCAGAACCAAAUAGUUAGUCCGAGGUCUUAGGAACAGAGUACUCAUUAGCAGAAUGAUGUAUUGUUCUGUUUAACCAAUUCAUCUACAUAUUUGGCAAAUGCAGCAGACAGGGCUGAUCUGACAGUUGGUUAAGGUUCUUUCUUCCUCUGUGAAUCAUUUGCUGCAAUUGGUACAAGCCCCUGAAUGUAGUUGAUCGAUCAACUUCAAAGACAAUACGAAACAAUAGAUUAAAGAAUUUCAACCCCAUUACAAUUGUAACUUAGAUAAACAAUAUCUCUGCCUGAGGCUCCUAUCCAAUUAAGUUUUUAUAUUUUUAUU